CUUACCCUUCAACCCUAAUAAUUCUGUCCAAACAAAACUUCUCCCUGUUCAAUGGCAAGCUUGAAGGGUUUGUAGUGAUACUCUAAAUAGACCUUUCGCCGCACUCGCUUCAUUUUCCUGGUCAUUCAAUCAUUUCACAUUUUGAACAUCAACAACAUGACACUGCGACACCCAGCCAUUGGCCCGUUACUAGGGUCCGCUCGUCCAAGAUGCGGGGACAAGACCACUCGCAUGAUCCGUUAUGCGUCUUCAGAAGCAGCAAAACCUUCAAAUCGAGCGCGGAACUUCCUCUAUGGGACGGGAACGUUGUUGGCCGUCUCCCUUGGCUAUUUCUAUCUCACUGACACCCGCGCGUCAGUUCACCAGUAUCUCGUCCCGCCACUGAUUCGAAAGCUCUUCCCAGAUGCUGAAGAUGCCCACCAUUUUGGCACCGCAGCGCUAAAGGAACUUUAUACCUUGGGUCUGCAUCCACGUGAACGAGGCUCCAACUCCGAGUCGAACUCCAACAAGCUGGCUGUUGAAGUUUUCGGGGAGAUACUUUCCAGUCCCGUAGGUAUCAGUGGUGGCCUUGACAAAGGUGCAGAGAUUCCCGAUGCGUUGUUCGCAAUUGGCUCGGGCGUUGUAGAGAUCGGCGGCGUGACUCCGUUACCUCAACCUGGGAAUCCGAGACCGCGAGUGUUCAGAGUUGCCAGCCAAGACGCAAUAGUCAAUCGGUAUGGUCUAAACUCCGAGGGAGCGGAUGUGGUGGCCAUUAGGUUGAGGCAGCGCGUGAGGGAGUUUGCCUAUCAACACGGCUUCGGAAUAGACGAAAUUGCGGAGGAAAUCGUGCUAAAUGGUGGGGCAGGGGUACCUCCCGGAUCAUUGAUUCCUGGGCGGUUGCUCGCUGUUCAGAUCGCUAAAAAUAAGCUGACUCCUGAUAAUGACCUCGACGCUGUAGUUCAGGAUCAUGUGGCCUGCGUUGAGAAGUUGGCGAAGUAUGCAGAUAUCAUUACCGUGAACGUGUCGAGUCCGAACACUCCCGGUCUUCGAUCGCUGCAAUCCAAGGAACCUCUUACCAGGAUCCUCUCCGCGGUUGUGGAGUCUGCGAAUUCGAUAGACCGUAAAACCAAACCUAUGGUCAUGGUCAAGGUCUCUCCCGACGAGGACUCCGAUUCGCAAAUACGUAGCAUAUGCGACGCAGUCUGGGAGUCAGGGGUAGCGGGCGUGAUCGUAGGAAACACCACAUUGAAACGUCCUGAUCCGAUACCAUCUGGAUAUCUCCUUCCGCCAAAGGAUGCGCAGGCACUCCUCGAGACAGGAGGCUACAGCGGCCCGCAACUAUUUGAUAAGACAAAGCAGCUGGUAGCAAAGUACAGAAAAGCCCUCGACGACGGUCCUAGUGAGGAUCCUUCAUCACUGCCGAAAGGUGCUCCAGUCAUGACUCCUAGCCAAACUGAUGCUCCAUCAGUCUUUGAUCCAGCAAUGAGUCCAUCAGAGCCUGACGCAGGACUUUUGCAACCCCAGUCGGAUCGAUCAACUCUGACUGGAAGGAGUAAAGCACUCAGUUCACCCCCGAAAGUCAUCUUCGCCUCUGGCGGCAUCACGAAUGGCGAGCAAGCUCUUGAGGUUCUGAAUGCAGGAGCAAGUGUGGCCAUGUGCUACACUGCUGUUGUGUACGGUGGUGUAGGCACCAUCUCGAGAAUCAAGGAAGAAAUGAAGGAGAAAAUCUCUGGAAAUAGAUGACAAAUCUCAGGAUGAAACAGUCUAUAGAGUGUAUCUGUAAAUAAUCAAAAGAAGGUAGAUACUGCCACUUUUAUGCGGGGAGUUUUGUCAUAUGCUAGAAAUCAACUUAUGAACAUCAAAGCACAGGCUUUUUUUUUUU